AUUGUGAGGAUAGAGGAUAUAUGAGUUUGAUUAUUGAUAGUAAAACUUUUGAAUUAAUUUAUCCCAAAUUCGGUUUCGAUCCACCAAGUGGAAGAACAAAAUCUCAACAUACAAGAUGUCAACUAGAUCGACAUCAUAAACGAUGG